CUUGAUCAUGGACUUUCCCCAAGCUGAAGCGAUAAGGGAAGGGUUCAGUUAGGAUUAGGACAGGGCCGGUGUCUGUUAGAAAAAUAGUUCAGGAGCGUGAGGCAUCAGUGGGGGAAAAAUCUCAGUCUCAGGGAACGUUUUAGGGACAAACGCUGAUAUCAAGAAAAAUCGGAUGAUCUAAAAGGAAUCCCACAUUUUCCUCCAGAUAAGGUUUGCUGGAAUGGGUAAUCUUCUAAAAGUCCUUACAAGAGAAAUAGAGAACUAUCCACAUUUUUUCCUGGACUUUGAAAAUGCACAGCCCACAGAUUGUGAGCGUGAUUUGUGGAACCAGGUGAAUGCCGUGCUCCAGGAAUCUGAGAGCAUCCUGUCAGGCCUGCAGGCUUAUAAGGGAGCGGGACAGGAGAUACGAGAUGCUAUACAGAAUCCCAAUGAUUUAUUGCUUCAAGAAAGGGCUUGGAACUCCGUGUGUCCCCUCGUCAUCCGGCUCAAAAAGUUUUAUGGCUUCUCACUGAAGCUGGAGAAAGCACUGAAGAGCCUGCUGGAGUCUCUGACCUGUCCUCCUUACACUCCCACUCAGCAUCUGGAGAAGGAGCAGGCCCUCGCCAAGCAGUUCGCCGAGAUCCUGCAUUUCACGCUCCGCUUCGAUGAGCUCAAGAUGCGAAUUCCUGCGAUCCAAAAUGACUUCAGCUACUACAGACGAACAAUCAGCCGAAACAGGAUAAAUAACAUGAACCUGGACAUUGAAAAUGAAGUCAACAAUGAAAUGGCGAACAGAAUGUCACUCUUUUACGCUGAGGCCACUCCAAUGCUGAAAACCCUCAGUACAGCGACUACGAACUUUGUGACCGAGAACAAGACACUGCCCCUGGAGAACACCACAGACUGCCUGAGCACCAUGGCCAGUGUGUGCAAGGUCAUGCUGGAGACUCCAGAGUAUACAAGCCGGUUCAACAGUGAAGACACGCUCCUCUUCUGCAUGAGGGUGAUGGUGGGCGUCAUCAUUCUCUAUGACCACGUGCAUCCCAACGGUGCCUUCACCAAAUCCUCAAAAAUAGACAUGAAGGGAUGCAUAAAGGUCCUGAAAGACCAGCCAGCUGAUAACGUUGAAGGACUCCUUAAUGCUCUGAAAUUCACCACAAAGCAUCUGAACGAUGAAUCCACUCCAAAAAAUAUCCGAACAAUGCUCCAGUAACCUUUGUUUUUCUUUUUAAGUGAAGAGGAUCAGUGUACAGACCUCAAAAGAUGUAUAUGUUUACAUUUAUUUAAGAAAUUGAUGUUAAUACUUGUGUGUAUUUACAUAGCCAUUCCCAACAAUAUACUUUAAAUUAAAUUGCCUUUAUUCUGUCAAAGCACAAAUGAUGCCAUAUAGCCUUAAAAAAACAAAAAAAAAAAAAACAACUCUGAUAUUGUUCUCCAAAUCGCUUUAAAAUCAGGAAUGGCGAUUGCUUUUAACCAAAGUAGCUAAUGCCUUGUGGAGUCUCUUUAUUCAGGGCAAAUAAUACAGCGUAGCAGUGAGGUAAGAGUGAGGAGAAGCUAAAAAAAAAAAAAAGUGUUCUCAGUGGGUCAGUCAAAUUGUGGUGCUUUUUCAUUCUGGAACAGGGAAAAAGUUUAAUAAUGCCACAGAUGCUUUACUUUUUUAUUUUUAUUUUUUUCUAAUUAUUAUUUGUACUUUUGUUUAUUUUUGGUCUACACUUUUUCUUUGUGAUUGCUUUCGUUUGUGUGCCUCUGCCUCUAACAUUCAUUGCUCAACGCCGCAGCUUUAAAAUUUGAAAUAAAUGGACAUUUUCAGUAUAUUUUAA